CCAAUUAGGACGUGCUCAAUUCCCCUGAAACAAUGAAAAUUAGUAAAAAGAAGUGACAAAUUUUGCAGAGGAUUAUGAGAUGUAAAGAGCUGACCAGGCGAAACCCAGAAGAUGUCAACAGUCGUGAUUUUUACGUGUGUUUGUUGUUUUGUUCUGUUGCCUAGCAACAAAAAAAUCCAAAACACUAGCCAUUUCCUUCCGGUCCCGUUACUACGUCGUAAUCCAGUUGGAAAACCAAAGGAUUAGCAGGAAUACCAAUUAGAAAAAGGAAUCCCCACGAAAUCCCCAACGAAUAUUGGAUAACAAACUUCGGAAAGGUUUUCAAAAACCCAAAAUAUUGCAAAUGAGUUCCAGGAGCCGAGCUCCCUAGUCACUAAGCAUCUCCACCAGGGGCCACUUAAAGAAGCCGAAACAUUGAACCUAAACACCGCCAUUGCCUUAGACCUCGAAGACGAGUGAAUAACUAGUACUAGAGGGAUCUAGAAUAGAAUACGAGCUUACCUACUUAGUCAACGAAUUUAGCAACCCAGGUGCAGCCACUACCAUCAUCGGAGCAAAUAACUUUGUGGAGUAGCGAGCGCAAAACAUCAAACCCCAAUGACCACACGCCUGGCUCCACAGCGCCAGUUCAUCCUCUCGACGCGCUCUGCCAUCGUGGAUGCCACCUCGCCACCUGAGGACUCAGCGGAGGAGCAGCAGCAGCUGACUGUCGAGGUGGAGAGCGCCACCAACGGAGUCAUUACCAAUAGCACCACAUCGCCACCGCCGCAUGCCGAGCAGUUCGAGUUCUGCACGGAGGAUGGAGUCGUUGUGUCCGCCACACUGGAGGAUGUCAUGACACAGGUAAAACUUUUCCCCCUCUUGCAGAACUGCCAGCUCUUGCAGAAGAAACUAGUCGACGAGGACGACGAUUCGACGGGAGUAGGAGCAACGGAUGCCGAUCAGCUGGAGGUGAUUAGCGUUGUACUGCCCAUGGAUGCCGAGGACUCGACCAGCGAUGCCCAUCUACACGGGCAUGUGGUGAACAGCAGCAGCGACACCAUGGGUACCAUUACCACCACGGAACCGAAUGGGACCACCGUCACCCACUCGAUACCCAUUCACAGUAUGGCCGAUCUGGCCGCGAUCAAGGAUGGCGUGGAUCUGGCCCAGCAGGUGGCCAAUGGCCAGGUGACCGUGGUGCAGACCACCGAGGACGACGAUGGAACGCCCUUCAUUACCGUGACGGUUUCGGGCCAGGAGCAGAACUACCAAGUGCAAUAUGUGGACUCUGAGCUGUACCACAGCAACUCAAGCCAGACGCAAAUGACGUAUCCGUUCUGCCCAGUGGGGGACUACCAGGGCAACGGCCAGACGGCGUACUACUCGACCACGGGUCAGUACGGAACCACCUCGUCGGCCGGAGGCUCCUCGAACGGAGCUCACUCCACGACGCUGCCGUACCUGGUGCCCGUGGAGGAGGGCAUCCUCCUCAAUGGUUCCGCACACUCGCUGUCGCAGUCGCAGUCACAAUCGCAUGGACGCGAUUCGCCGCACAGCCUGACGGUGAGUAGCAGGGAUUGGGAGCGGGAUGCGGACCGGGUGAACGGAACUAAUCGCCACUGGGUGCAGGAGGUCGCGUACAUCCAGGAGGCGCAGAGCACGCCCCAGACGCCCACCUCGACGACCACGACCCAUUCGGCUAGCGGCGGCAGCCUGGGAACGGGCGGUGGAGGCGCCUCCCCGGAUUCCGACCAGAGUGCGCUCGGCAGCAGCAACAAGAUUGCCUCGGCAACGAUCAAGUGGCUGUCGCGCAACUACGAAACGGCGGAUGGUGUGAGCCUGCCCAGGAGCACGCUGUACAACCAUUACAUGCAGCACUGCAGCGAGCACAAGCUAGAGCCCGUGAAUGCGGCCAGUUUCGGCAAGCUGAUACGUUCCGUGUUCUCCGGACUGCGCACACGUCGCCUGGGCACGCGCGGCAACUCCAAGUACCACUACUAUGGUAUCCGCAUUAAGCCCGGCUCGUUGCUGAACAGCCAGGCGAUGGACGACAAGCAGAUGCUGGCCGCCGGCUACGGACCAUCCUCGGACGGAACCGGCGGACCAGGCAGCGGACCGAUGGUCAGCGUCACCAGCAGCACCGCCGGACAGCUGACCGGAUCCAAUGGAUUGGGCGGUGGCCAUGGCCAGCGGCACAGCAACGGCACCAAGAAGCACACCUUCAAGCCGGAGACCUACGAGGCGUGCAUUCAGUACAUCGGCGAUGGAACCAGUGCCCUGCCCUCGUUUCCGCCCAUCGAGCUGAACCACAGCUUCAACAGCGAACUGACCCUGGAGGACGUGGACACCUUCCGGGGCCUGUAUCGGGAGCAUUGCGAGUCCUUCCUGGACGCCGUGCUCAAUCUGGAGUUCAACACCGUGGAGUUCCUGCUGCGCGACUUCUGGCGGGCCAGCGACAACAAUAAUCUGGACGAGUGCGAGGAGGAGAAGUACUUGAGCAAGACGAAACUGUAUCUGUUGUGCCACUGCGCAGAAGUGCAGAAGUUCGUGCGAGAGGUGGACUACCAAUUCUACCAGAACACCGUCGAUGUCAUCAUACCGGAUGUGCUCCGCUCCAUACCAAACGCCCUGACCCAGGCCAUCAGAAACUUCGCCAAGAACCUGGAGAUCUGGCUAUGUGAGAGCAUGCUGGGCGUGCCGGAGCAGCUUGCCCAGAUCAAGACCAGUGCCGUCUCGGCAUUCUGCCAAACGCUGAGGCGCUACACCUCGCUGAAUCACCUGGCGCAGGCGGCUCGAGCAGUGCUCCAGAAUGGUGCACAGAUCUCCCAGAUGCUAAGCGAUCUCAAUCGUGUCGAUUUCCACAAUGUUCAGGAGCAAGCUGCCUGGGUGAGUCAAUGUGCGCCCGCCGUGGUCCAGCGCUUGGAGAGCGAUUUCAAGGCCGCUCUGCAGCAGCAGAGCUCCCUGGAACAGUGGGCCAGCUGGCUGCAACUGGUGGUGGAAUCGGCCAUGGAGGAGUACAACGGGAAGCCGACUUAUGCCAGAGCCGCCCGCCAGUUUCUGCUAAAGUGGAGCUUCUACAGCUCUAUGAUCAUUCGUGACCUGACGCUGAGAUCCGCCUCCAGCUUCGGGAGCUUCCACCUAAUUCGCUUGCUGUUCGAUGAGUACAUGUUCUACCUGGUGGAGCACAAAAUCGCCGAGGCACAAGACAAAACAGCCAUUGCGGUCAUUUGCGAAAGAAUGAAAAAGGACAUGGACUUUGAGUUCGAGUGCCAGUUCGCCUACAUUACCAGCGACACGGAGCACCAGACGACUCCGAGCUCGGCCAGCAGUGGAGGCGACGUGGGCAACGAGGCCAAGCGACUGAAGCAGGAAUGAGGCCCCGAGAUUUGGAUGUCCAUGUGGAUGCAGUGGCUGGCAUGGAGCGGCAUAUUCGUAGUGUUUAUGUAACCAGUAACCGUUGACCCCAUCAGUGUGCACCCCCAGCCCCUGUCGUCACCAGUCAUUCAGCUCUGCAUUUAAUAAUGGAACCGUGUUGUAUAUCCGUAAUCGUAUCGUAUCUGUGUGCUAGUUUAUAGCCCUUAGUUCCCUCACAACCAGCGUAGUCAGUCAAAAUUUUAGUCGUUAGUUUUAGGCAGGAUCCUCACUCAUAUGCAGGAAAAGAUCUUUUGGACGGGCACUUGCGAAAAUAGAAAUGUCAUGAUAUUGUUCACUUUUAACCAUUUCUGUUGGAGAUUAGGCAAACUGUUCACUGAAUGUACGUUUUCAGAGUAUAUUACUUUUGGUUUAGUAACUAAGCCAUUGUUUUAUGAUAUGGGUCUUAGCUUGUUGACCGCCCAAGGGAGCUUUAACUGGGAUUUGUCGAGUGUUGGACUGCCCCCGCAUCGAAGUGAAGAGCCGUCCAGAGAGCAAGCAAGUUGAAAGCCAGUGCGACAGCAUCGUCUGGUCUUGUCUGGCCUGAUCUGUAUUCGUAGGAUACGUUUUAGUUUAAGUACAUGUGCAUUAAUAAUUGUAAUCAACUGUCUACGAUAACGAUGGGUUUGGAGGUGGCAUCAGUUUUGUCUGGUUUCAACAAACGAUCUUGUAUAUCAUAGCGCACGGCGCACACCACACACAUAGUCUUAGCACCCACACGCGCACUCAGAGGAAUUAGUCAGGAAGGAUAUAGAUUAUAGCGAAGGAACACAGCUCACAUCGAACAGCUUGCUCAAGUUGAAGUUCAAGUUCUAGAGGAACACCCAGCUCAAAACUCAAAACGCAAAACACAAACCUAAGCUAAGUAAACAACAGGCCUUAAAUGUGCAAAGAUGAACACUCAAUUUUGAAACAAUACAAUUUACCAUACCUAUAUAUUAAUUAUACAUAAAGAUUCAUAAGCGUACGUGUAUGUAUAUUUUAACUACAAGGAAUCAUUUUAUUACGAAACAUGUAUUUUAACAGAGGCGCUUAUCAGAGUAUUUUAUGCCAUUUUGGAUAAGAGUACGAGCAGCUAGCGAAACUGUUUUUUUAAGUCAACUAAGGGGUAUGAGAUACGCAGGACACGAACUGCAUCGGUAUCCAACAGUCUAGUCCUAGAAAGCACACAUCUGAAUUAUAUGCUCUGUACGGCCCAAGAAACCGACGAUAAUUACCAGCAUUUCCUUUGUGGGAACUGGUUUUGCUCAAAUUGCGAAAUGCUUAGCUAGCAUCUAAGUUCUAUUGGUUGUUGAAAAAUAAAAGUAAUUUGAAAACUGAAAUUUUAAAAUGUCAAAACUAUUUAUGUAUGUGAAAUAAAAAUGGUC